AUGGGUAUCGAUCUCGACCGCCACCACGUCAAGGGCACUCACCGCAAGGCCCCCAAGAGCGACAAUGUCUACUUGAAGCUCCUGGUCAAGCUGUACCGCUUCCUGGCUCGCCGAACCGAUGCCGCCUUCAACAAGGUUGUUCUCCGACGACUUUUCAUGUCCAAGAUCAACCGCCCCCCCGUUUCCCUGUCCCGCAUUGUUUCCAACUUCAGCAAGGAGGAGAAGCGCACCGUCGUCAUUGUCGGCACCGUCACCGAUGACAACCGUCUCCUGACCUUCCCCAAGGCCACCGUUGCCGCCCUCCGCUUCACUGCCACCGCCCGUGCCCGCAUUGUCGCUGCUGGUGGUGAGGCCAUCACCCUGGACCAGCUUGCUCUCCGUGCUCCUACCGGAAGCAACACCCUGAUCCUCCGUGGACCCAAGAACAGCCGUGAGGCCGUCAAGCACUUCGGCUUCGGUCCCCACAAGCACAAGAAACCCUUUGUUGAGUCCAAGGGACGCAAGUUCGAGCGCGCUCGUGGUCGCAGACGCUCACGUGGCUUCAAGGUCUAA